CAUCUUUCCUGCCUCGCGACAGUUUCGGGGGCAUUGUUGUGCAGUCGUCUCCACUAAGGUGGACUAUCCGCUUCGACGCUCUAUUAUCUCAGCUUUACCGUAAAUGUGCUCGUUGUUCUGUUUGUGUAGAGCUGUUUUCCCAGUACACGCUUGCUAGAUCGACGCCUUUAGUUUCAAUCCUACCACGGUGCUAGCAUACAGCUAGCCAGCUAGCUUGCGAAAAUGAAUUCCAGCACGCACGUCAUUCAGGUGACGAACGUCUCCCCGAGCACGACGUCCGAACAGAUGAGGACUUUGUUUGGAUUCCUCGGAAACAUAGAGGAGCUGAAACUGUUCCCACCAGAUGACUCUCCCUUGCCUGUGACUUCACGUGUCUGUUUUGUAAAGUUCCAUGAACCUGAAUCGGUGGGAGUUUCUCAGCACCUGACCAACACCGUCUUUGUGGACAGAGCCCUGAUUGUGGUCCCCUUUGCUGAAGGAGUCAUUCCUGAUGAGUCUAAAGCUAUGUCGCUGCUUGCUCCAGCCAACGCCGUAGCAGGUAUGAUGCCUGGUGGAGGCCUUCUUCCAACACCCAAUCCCCUGGCCACAAUUGGAGGGACACCAUUUGGGGGUCUUGGAGCUCCCAACAUGGAGCAGAUGGCUGCAAUGGGACUGCCAGGUGCAAAUAUGAACCCCCAGGCUCUUUCUGCAGACUUCUUGAAGCUCAUGCAGUCCAUGGACCCCAAAUUAAAUCCAUUGGCAGCUGGACUGAACUUAAAUCCAGGGCUGAAGGCAGACGCAUCCAAUAAGGAGAUCGAAGAGGCCAUGAAGAGAGUCAGAGAGGCCCAGUCUCUCAUUUCUGCAGCCAUUGAACCAGGAAAUAAGAAAGAUGACAAGCGCAAACAUUCCCGUUCUCGCUCGCGGUCCAGACGCAGGCGGUCCACAUCCCGCUCAAGACACAGACGUUCAAAGAGCAGGUCUCGGCGCAGGUCCCAUUCAAGGAAUAGGAGGCGGUCCAAGAGCCCACGAAGGAGGAGGACCCACUCCCGCGAUAGAGGCCGCCGUAGUAGAUCUAGGGACAGGAGAAAGGAGGAAAAGUCGAAGAAGAGGUCAAAGACACCCCCCAAGAGCUACAGCAGCGCCCGGAGGUCCCGGAGCAUUACUCGGAGACACAGGCGAAGCCGCACUGCGUCUCGGUCCCCAAAAAGGAGGCUGACCAGGUCUCCAUCACCUAGACGCCACAAAAAAGAAAAGAAGAAGGACAAGGAUCGUGAAAAGGACCGGGACCGAGAGAGGAGGGAGGACAGGGACCGGAGCAGAGACGAAAGGGAGCGUUCCGCCAGCAAGAAAAAAAAGAGCAAAGACAAGGAGCGAGAUCGAGACCGCAAGUCUGACAGUGAAAAGGGAGACGUUAAGGUGACCCGGGAUUACGAUGAAGAGGAGCAAGGUUAUGACAGUGAAAAAGGAGAGGAGGAUGAAGAUGAGAGGAAGAGCGACUCUGACUCUGCUUCAUCCCCCAAAGUUCAGGAAGAGAUCGAAAGGUCUGAGAGCCAAAUGCCCAAAAAGUCCAAACUUAACGGAGACGAUCACCAUCAGGAGGACAUGGAGAUGAGCGAUUAGGAACAUGGAGGCCGAACCAGUUGCUGUAGUCUUUCCACUGUUCUCUUUUUAUAUUUUAAUAUAGGUCACAACAUCUGUGCCUGAUUGGUUAAAAGGAUUUGUUGUCUUAACUGUAGAAGUACGGGGUGGGGGGAGUGUAGAAGGAAAGCUGUCAAUUUUUGUAAAAACAACAAAACGAAGACUAAAUAUUGAAAAACACAACAUGGGAUUUUAAAUUUUCAUUGCUGUACUGUUUUUAAAGAUUGUUAAUUUCUGUUUUGUUCCCUUUUAUUAUAAACUUGUUUUUCCUGACAGUAGAUUACAAAAUGUUUUCCACAAACACAGCAUUUGUAAAUAUUUUACUAGUCAGGGUUGAGUCUCCUCAUUAGUUGUUAGUCCACACCUGGCAGAAGCUUUACAUCAUUUCAGUUGCCGACCCGUUUUGUAAAGUACCACUGUAACCACUGUAUUGUCUGUAGCUGUCAUGUUUCAGCUGACCUUCCUAUUUACAACCUUUGUAAGUGUACACUGUAGAUUGAAAUGUGUUGAUUGAAAUCCUGUCUGCAAUAGGUUUUCCAAAAGAAACUAAUAAAAUUGGGUCAAAUUUUUGAUUUACCACUGAAAGAAAUGAUUAAAGCAAAAGCAUGUGAAAGUAA